GGCCGGAGCGGAAGUGCAGCUGCCGCCACCGCCGCCGCCGAUUCCGGAGCCGGGUAGCCGCUGCCGCCGCCACAGCAGCUACGGUCGCCGCCACCGCCGCUGCCGCCACCACCGCCUGAGGAGUGGGCCUGGGAAAGACGUAGUCGCCGCCCUCCGAGCUUCCCGGAAGCGCCUUUUCUCCCUACAGUCCUCCACGGAAUGACCAUGGACAAAAGCGAGCUGGUACAGAAAGCCAAACUUGCUGAGCAAGCUGAGCGCUAUGAUGAUAUGGCUGCAGCUAUGAAGGCUGUAACAGAACAGGGACAUGAACUCUCCAAUGAAGAGAGAAAUCUACUCUCUGUUGCCUACAAGAAUGUGGUAGGUGCCCGUCGUUCUUCCUGGCGUGUCAUCUCCAGCAUCGAACAGAAAACAGAGAGGAAUGAGAAGAAGCAGCAGAUGGGCAAAGAGUACCGCGAGAAGAUAGAGGCUGAGCUGCAGGACAUCUGCAAUGACGUACUGGAGCUGUUGGACAAAUAUCUCAUUCCCAAUGCUACACAGCCAGAAAGCAAGGUGUUCUACUUAAAAAUGAAAGGAGACUAUUUUAGGUAUCUCUCUGAGGUUGCAUCUGGAGACAAUAAGCAAACCACUGUGUCGAACUCCCAGCAGGCUUACCAAGAAGCAUUUGAAAUUAGUAAGAAAGAAAUGCAGCCUACACACCCGAUUCGACUUGGCCUGGCGCUGAAUUUCUCCGUCUUUUACUAUGAGAUUCUAAACUCUCCUGAAAAGGCCUGCAGCCUCGCCAAAACGGCAUUUGAUGAAGCAAUUGCUGAAUUGGAUACACUGAAUGAAGAGUCUUACAAAGACAGCACCCUGAUCAUGCAGCUGCUCAGGGACAAUCUCACUCUAUGGACGUCAGAAAACCAGGGAGAUGAGGGAGAUGCUGGAGAGGGCGAGAACUAAUGUUGUCAUGCUUUGUGAUCUGUCUGGUGUCACUCUGUAUCCUCCACAUUAUAGCCCUUUGUGCGAUAAACAAAAACAAAAAAAUCGAAUGUUGACUUUCGAUUUUUCACAGCCUAAGCCUAGCAAAAAUGGUCCCUGGGAUAAACAGCUGGUAUUUGUACCUAAAACUCAAACUGGUCCCUUAAAUGCCACGGCAUUUCUGAAAUCUUGACUUUGAUCAACAUUGACAAGGAUUAUUGUGUGUUUAAUUUUUACAAACUGAACACUGUGAUUAUGGGGUUUUGUAACUUAGCAGAGCUCUUACUGGUAGGAAAAAUAGACCUGAAUUAUGUAUAACUUUUUAGAAAGUUUAAUCUGAUAUCCAAAUAGUUACUGAAAAUACAAUUCUGUUGUAAAGUUGUACAGAAAGUUGUAGAGAUUCUGUUAUGAUGCCCGACUUAGGGUGAGAUGCUCACCAUCAGCAUGCCGAGUUUGGUAAUUCUGCCUCUGGUUGAGGGCUUACCGACACUUGAUCAGUAUGGGCUGUUGCCACUCAAAAGUUCAUGACCACAAAUAUCUGCAAUGUCUUCUCCUGAGGAAACUCAAAACCUGAAAGUGAAGUUCUUUGGCUGAUAAUUGGGCUGUGACACCACAAAAAAGGUCCCAUGCGCAUACAUAUAUGAGACUAAACCCCUUUAUACUAUAGCAGUGUGUUCCUGAUUAGCAACUUGUGAAAAUAGAGUACUAUUUCUGUUACCCCCUAGCUAAAGGAGAGAAAAAAGAGCGGUGUAUCUUCUGAAUGGCCAUAUGAGUUUGCUGGAUAAUUCCCUUAAGGUUAAUGUUCUGUGGAGAUGGUCUCUCGCCUGAGGAACACUCAGAGUCUUGGGGUUCUUCCUAGCUUGGAGGGCAGGAACUUUGAGAUUUAACAUUCUUUCCGUCCUGACUGCUGACUUUGAUUCUUUUCCUCUUUAAAUUUACAGCUUUCUGCUUCCUUGUGUGCUUUCUUUUGGAAGCCUUUGUUUGUCGUUACUGUCCGGACAGGGGCGAGGCACUGAGCACAGUGGUGAGCAAGCCUUGCUUUGGGGUGCUGGGAAAGAAGGCCUGCCCACACCGCCACCCUGUCCUCUCCAGUCCUCAGCACAGUUGUUCUUUAUUCUAUGACUCAAAUCGAAAAAGUAUUUUUAAGUAUCUCCCUAUUGCAACAGCCCUGAUAAUGCUUGUUAGUGCCUGUCACCAGAUCCUCCCAGUGUACUCAUCCAGCUCAGUUCUCAGACAUGUCAAACAAGACCCUAGAGCACAGGGAAGUUGCAUGGACACUACAAUAGAGAGAACCAAGAACAGCCAGGCCCGUCACUAUCACAGUAUCACCCCCUACCUUGACAUUCCAUGUAGCUGUAGAGUCCAUUUGUUUGUCCAUCUGCUGAAAUGAGAAAAGAAUUCAUGCACUGAUUUAAAACCAAUAAAAAAUUUAAAAAAAUAAAAAAAAAUAAAAACCACCAAAAAAAAAAAUCCCUUGUUUCUAGCUGAACAAAAAUUUGCAGUUAAUCUUGGCGCUUGACGACGCGGUAGUGGGUGUGGAACCAAGCCUGUCUGUGCAUCUGGUAGCUCUUUGCUCUUUUUUUUUUUUUUUUUUUCCCCUUACCAGUAUUCUGCCUAACGUUUGCUUCUGUGGUGGUUAUAUUUGCCUAGCAAGCACACCUGUGGUUGUGAAAAUAGUAUAGCAAAAAGAAAAAGAAAACCCCCAGUUACUGAUGUGCUAGAUUCGUGUGUCUUUUCAGCAUUCUAGUUCACCUUACACGGAGUAAUCAGGAAAAUGUAAAAACCCAAAAGUGAAAUAAAACAUUUUAUCAGUUA